AUGCAAGGUUAUCCAGGAAAUAUUAAGCAAAAACUUGCCAUAUUCCUCAUGAAUUAUAGAAAGGCACCGAACAUGACAACCUUGUUAAGUCCAGCAAUGUUAUUCUUAAAAAGAGAAAUUAGAACUCGAAUUGAUUUAGUUGUUCCAAAUCUUAGACGAAGAGUGGAAGAACGCAUCCGAAGGAAUACUUAUGGUUUCAAAGACAGAAAUUUUGAGAUCGGAGAAAAGGUUGCCAUUAGGGAUUAUAGAUCGGCAAAUUUCCGAUGGAAAAUUGGCAGAGUGACAAGUAAGGAUGGAACGCUGCAUUAUACCAUUGACGUUCAAGGAACUUUACUGCGCCUGCACGUCGAUCAGAUCAGAUUGGUAGGGAGCGAGGUUCCGUCUGCACCUGUAAUCUAUGAACCUCGUAUGGCUGCUACUUCAGAUGGCAACGUGAUGCUACAGGCUCCAGACAAGGACAUCGAACAAAGAAGUGAAGCUGUGCAAACUUCAGCCGGACUUGAAACAUCGUCAAUUCCAAGGAAAACUGAUCCAGUCAUUCCAGUGAAUCCUGAUAAAGAGUUGCAGCAACCCCAGCCAGGAUUUAGACGAUCUUCGCGCAUCCUCAAACUCCUCAGAGAUUAA